GAUCCUUUUGACUCUCGUUUUCCGAAGGCAGGCCCUUCAAUUCUUUGACUUUUCAUCUCCUCUUUCCAAUUCCCCAUCCAAACUUCCAUCUCCCGUGAGAGCCAUGGCUGAAGAGUCGAGUCACGACAACCUGGCACCGGUUGUGCACGAGGUCCCCGCUGUUGCGACCCAACAGCAGAAAGAGCCUCGACCAGGACGCCUGACUCCCCGUCCAAGCUUCCUGGAGAACCUGGCCAGUUCACGGGCCACUCAAUUCAUGUUAGACAGACGCAACUCGAGCGAACUCGAUCGGUAUUUCCACGGUCCGCGAGAUCUCGACAGACAUUCCAAAUGGCCCAUCUUCCUUCGAAUGCACGGCAGUAUCAUGCCGAAGAUGAUACUGCCGCUUGCCUUUGUCGCUGCCUGGGCCACCUUGAUCACCUGUAUCUCCAAGUUUGUACACAACAUCGGUAUCAACGAUAUUCUACUCACGGUGACGGGCUUCGUGGUCAGUUUGGCGCUGUCGUUUCGCAGCUCGACAGCUUAUGAGAGAUGGGCGGACGGAAGAAAAUACUGGGCACUCUUGAAUCAGACCUCGCGCAAUCUUGCGCGUACUAUCUGGGUCAACACCGCAGAGCGCAGCGGAGAGGAAGGAAAGGAGGAUCUGCUGUCAAAAUUGACGGCCAUGAACCUCAUUCUGGCCUUUGCUGUUUCCCUCAAACACAAACUCCGAUUCGAGCCCGACGUCGGCUACGAAGACCUGGCUGGUCUGGUCGGACAUCUCGACACGUUUGCCAAGGAAGCCCACGACCGCGAGGUGCUUCAGCCCCCGAAGAAGAGCCCGUGGAAGUCGUUCGGUGAAUACCUGGGUGUGUCUUUCGCCGAAUCCAACCCGAGGAAGCUUGUCAAGCGUUCCAAGAAGCCAUUGGGUCAUCUUCCCCUGGAGAUCUUGAACCAUCUCUCGGCCUAUAUCGACCGGUGUAUCGCGAACGGAACUCUCAGUGUCAGUCUUCACCAAAGUCAAGCCAUCACCGCUAUCUCGACCUUGAACGAAGUUCUGACCGGCACCGAACGUGUCCUGGACACCCCUCUCCCCGCUGCCUACAGUAUUUCCAUCGCUCAAAUUGCCUGGAUCUACGUCCUUGCGCUACCAUUCCAGCUUUACGAAUUCCUGAAAUGGGUCACCAUCCCUGCUUCAAUGGUCGCCGCCUACAUUAUCCUCGGACUCGCCUUCAUCGGCAGCGAAAUCGAGAACCCCUUCGGCCACGACGUCAAUGAUCUCCCCCUCGACACCUACUGCCGUCAACUCGCCGCCGAACUCGACAUCAUCACCGCCAUGCCCCCGCCCAGACUGGAUGAUUUCGGCACCCGUGACGACAACUACGUCCUCUACCCUCUCAGCACCUGCGGCUACCCCGAAUGGAAGGACCGCAGUGUCGAAGAAAUCCGCGCCGCCCUGCGAACCAAGGUCGUCGCGAGCUCCCCGGGAGUUGCGCUGUCCGAUACCGCGACGGUGAUUGGAAGCGUGCGAAGCAAGCAGUCGGUCUAGCCUAGACGCACAAACAUAAAAUAUACCCAGCCCCGAAAAGACCCGUCGGGUUGCUGUUGUUGUUCGAAAUGAUAUUAUUGGGU